GGUGGGAGGGCGAGUGUACUCGGGGACGUGCGACCGUCCAGCCUGUGCGGAUGAAAGCGCGCGGCUGCCGGUGUUGGGGGGCAAGCUGUCGGCUGCGGGAACCUCCCGUGUUUGGGGCUUUUCAAUUGUGUGAAAUCUCUGAGCAUAGGGCAUUUCAUUGCCUUUUACAUUCCAGCCCGUUCCCUCAGCUGUUCUCAACUUCAGAAAUUCUCCAGCCUGGAGCUGUGGACCCAAACAGGCUCAGUCUGUGUGUAUUGUUGGAGUGCCUGAAAUGUACCCAUGGGACCUCUCCACUGGUGCCCACGGUUUAAGAAAGUAAACAGAAGUUUUCAAAGAGGAAUAUGGUAACUUCUCAAGGGCCUCUCCAGACCAGGCGCCGCAGCUUCCUUGGCCUGAAACUACAUUUCCCAGACGCCAGUUCGUCUGCGGAGCGCGUCCUUCCCGCCGCAGGGGGCCUUGGGAAACCAAAGGACGCCGUGGAGAGCUUCCCUGGCGCGAGGGCCCACCGGCGAGCCGAGGAGGCUGCCGGACCCCCGCACCCCGAAAUGGCUCGCAGGCAGGACGAGGCGCGCGUGGGCGCGCCCCUGAGGGCGGAAGGCGGGCCGGACGCGGAGGCCAGGCUCAUUCUGUACCACUGGACGCACUCCUUCAGCUCUCAAAAGGUGCGCUUGGUAAUUGCUGAAAAAGCAUUGAAGUGCGAGGAACAUGAUGUAAGUCUGCCCCUGAGUGAACACAAUGAGCCUUGGUUUAUGCGUUUGAACUCAACUGGAGAAGUGCCUGUCCUUAUCCACGGGGAAAACAUAAUUUGUGAGGCCACUCAGAUCAUUGAUUAUCUUGAACAGACUUUCCUGGAUGAAAGAACACCCAGGUUAAUGCCUGAUAAAGGAAGCAUGUAUUACCCACGAGUGCAGCAUUACCGAGAGCUUCUUGACUCCUUGCCAAUGGAUGCUUACACACAUGGCUGCAUUUUACAUCCUGAACUCACUGUGGAUUCCAUGAUCCCUGCUUAUGCAACCACAAGGAUUCGCAGCCAGAUUGGUAACACAGAGUCGGAACUGAAGAAACUUGCUGAAGAAAACCCUGACUUACAAGAGGCAUACAUUGCCAAACAGAAGCGGCUUAAGUCAAAGCUGCUUGAUCAUGACAAUGUCAAAUACUUGAAGAAAAUUCUUGAUGAGUUGGAGAAGGUCUUGGAUCAGGUGGAAACUGAGUUACAAAGAAGAAAUGAAGAAACUCCAGAAGAGGGCCACCAGCCUUGGCUCUGUGGAGAAUCCUUCACCCUGGCAGAUGUCUCGCUGGCUGUCACGUUGCAUCGACUGAAGUUCUUGGGGUUUGCACGGAGGAACUGGGGAAAUGGAAAGAGACCCAACUUGGAAACCUAUUAUGAGCGUGUCUUGAAAAGAAAAACAUUUAACAAGGUUUUAGGACAUGUCAACAAUAUAUUAAUCUCUGCUGUGCUGCCAACAGCAUUCCGGGUGGCCAAGAAAAGGGCCCCAAAAGUUCUUGGCACCACCCUUGUGGUUGGUUUGCUUGCAGGAAUGGGAUAUUUUGCAUUUAUGCUUUUCAGAAGGAGACUUGGCAGUAUGAUAUUAGCGCUUAGACCCAGACCAAAUUAUUUCUAGGUUUGUUGGGCUCUGUGGUAGCAGCUCAUCCAACCAUUCCACUAGACCCUCAUCCACUCUUCCAGACCCAGUGAGGACUUAUCCUGGGCAACUAGUAGAAAGCAUAGUUUACAUUACUCUUUGGGGAGUUCACGUGGGGAGAGGAGCUAAUGACAUCUUUUCUUCCUUCCUUCCUUCCUUCCUUCCUUCCUUCCUUCCUUCCUUCCUUCCUUCCUUCCUUCCUUCCUUCCUUCCUCUCUCUCUCUCUUUCUUUCUCUUUCCUUUUUUCUUUUUCCUUUUUUUUUUAAAUAGAUAAGAUGACUCAUCUAUCCCUAAAGCAAGCAAGUGAAAGGUCAAGACAUGUAAAUGCCGACAAGUGGGGAGCCGACCUUUAAUGGGGACUGUCAGUUCAUGUUCUCAGUUAUUUUUUGAGUGGUCAUAGUUAAGAACAGACAGUAAUAAUAACCAGUGACUGUUCAUAGCACAUCACCGGAGAUUGCCUACUGUUCUGCGAGUUGAACAGUUACAAGCUCUUCCCCUGGAAGUCAGACGUCACCUUUAUUACACAUGACAGGGUUCAGACUCCAACAGGAUGUAGUACUGCUUCUUCACCUUCCGCUAGCAGCUUCAGGCGUAGAUUAGGGAGAGAAUGGGAAAGGGAAGGAAGAAAGUGAGAGAACGAAGUACAGAUAGGACAGGGUAGUAGACUGUAACUUCCAGUGGCCUCCAUUGCUGCUCAUGGCCGCCUGUCUCCUUGGGAAACUUCACAUACAAUGUCUUGUGCUCAUGCCCACUCCUUAAUUGAGAACUCUUAGGAGGAGAGGGCUGGGAAGUUAUUGGGGAUAGUGUACCAGGGGAACCCUACAUAUCACAUACAAAACACCCCAUUUGACCUCAAUUAUGAGUCACACAGGUUGAGUUAAUAAGAUUAAGUAAUUUUGCACUUGACCAUGGGAUGCCUGUUGAAACAUUUAUGUCUAUCAUGGAUAUGAAAAAGGGAUAGUAAGGUGAUCCUUAUGAGAUAUGGUCCUGUAGACUCCUAUGUUCAGUCCUGGGAGCCUUGGCCUCUACAGUUCUCUUUAUGCAUAUAAGUAAUAUGUAGAUGAAUGUCUCAGGUAAAUAUCAUGGCUUAUCACUGGUAGUGGAUACUUUGAUGAGAGCCAAAUAUGCCCAUUUUUAUUUGAGAUUCACAAAUGUUUGGCCAGGCUUUGUGGUUUUUUUUUUUUUUUUUUUUUUUUGUGAUUAUCAACAAAGCCUUACAGAGAAAGAGGAAAGUCUAGAUUAGCUGUUGACAGUUAAUGUGGGAGAGAUAAAAUAUAUAGCUAGUGAUGCCCAUCCAUAUUCAUCCAUAUAUGUUCAAGUAUUUGGGGAUCAUCUCAGUCCAUAUGGAAGGGAGAGUUCUAGCAUGACCUAGGAACAGCCAUGGUACUAUGAUGCAUGAUUUGUGCUCAGGAAAAACCUCCUAUUGAAAGAAGGAGGCAAUUUGUGUGGAGCUGACUGUUAAGGCCUUAGGAGAAGCUUUGGGAGUCUGAUGGGAGGCUUGUCUAGAGACAUGAACUCACAUCGCAGUAAGUGAUAAAAGCCUGUUUGGAUGGCCCAGGUAGGCUAUGCACACGGCCAAAGAGUGUACUGACUUUUUCAUUAAUAGAAAAAUGUCAUGACUAGCAAACAAUGACUUUCUGAUGCUAAAAACCAUUAUAUAAUUCCAUUUUUAUUCUAUAAUUCCAUUUCAUAAUCAAGAUGUACUAGAAAAUAGAAAACCCUGAUGAACUGGGUGUGCCCUGUUUAUAAAAAGCACUAAUAACACUCCAUUGUGAACUCAAAUCAAUGAUAAUGAAUAUACUUGCAGCUUUUUAUGCUGUUUUAAUUUGCCCUUCAUGUGUCAUACAGAGUGUCUGAAUUUGCUAAGUCAUUGGUGUCAUUGUAUUUAUAAAAGAGCCAUAGAAUUAAUUGACUAGUAAUUCAGAUUUUUUUUUCAAGACAGGGUUUCUCUGUGUAGUUUUGGUGCCUAUCCUGGAUGGAACUCACUCUGUAGACCAGGCUGGCCUUGAACUCAUAGAGAUCCACCUGGCUCUGCUUCCCCAGUACUGGGAUUAAAGGUGUGCGCCACCACCACCCAGCCGUAAUUCAGAAUUUUUUAUGUCACUCUGCUAGAAAUAAAAACUGAGGCACAAAAAAAUGUAACAACGGGAAUUUUGUAAAAAAACAAUAACAAAAACAAACAAAACUACAAAGGGUAUUUUUACCUGUGAAAGGAUUAUUAAAGACUGACUUUUCUUUCAGGAUAUGUUAUUACGGGAUCAGGAAAUCACUGGGAAACAUCUUUAAUUUUCUUAUGCAGUUUAUCUGGAGGCAGAUGUGUAUCCAUGUUCAGGGUGAAGCAUCCUAGCUUCUAAUUGCUUUAAAAACAUUUGUCUAGUGAUAGCACCCUGACCACUAGAUGUCGCUGUUCACCCAGUAGUCUAAGAUUGUGUUCCAUUAGGCUCAGCAUGUCUGUAAGGUUUCAAGUGAAGAUAAACACUAAUGACCUUAGUUUCUGGAGUGAGGGCAUCUUCAUCAAGAUUAUCCAUCUGUGAAAGAGCUUGAGGCAAAUGCAGUAUUGAUUUCUUAUGCCUUCUGAGUGAUGACAGCACUGUAUGAUGUCAAACUAAGGCGGUGCACAGCCACUGUUAGCCGGAGAGAAACGUUAAUGCAUCUUCUUCAGGAUCAUUGGUAACUGGCGAAUGUGCUUCUCAUGUAAAAAAAAAAAAAAAAUAGUAUAAAUACCACACUUAGAAAGUGCCUGAGGCACUAAAAUGUUAUGUUAUCUAUUUCCGUCUUCACACACAUGUAUACUAUUUUAUUGUUACUGUCAUUAUAUGCCUUUUGGUUCUCAAAACUUGUGAACUGCUUGCUCGAAUUUUAGUAAUUAUUGCUAUUGAUGUCAAAGUUGUAGAUGGUAUUGUUGACUGUCAUGGAAAAAUUAAGAUAUUAUUCUGUCUGUAAGGUCAAUAAAGUAAUUUGAAAAUAAA